UAAACAAACUGCUCUAUUAGUUUUGCUUUUGUUGACGACAAAAAUUAAGGACUAGAUUUAAAUUGAAAAACAAUAAAAUAUGGCUGCUGCUCGUCGUGAUGUAGCACCGCUACUGCAACGCGUACGCGCGUUUCUAUUGGGCCGUGAACACACUGUCGCUCUGCGCUUUGAGGAUGGUGUGGCCGAACGCACACAGCCACCUCCAAAUAUACCCGAUGGUCCAUCAGCCCUGCUUUCGGCCAACUAUUAUUGCGGACGUGAUGCUCGUCGUGAAGUGAUUCCACCUAUUGAUCUGGUGCAGGAGAAGAAGCUACUGGAGGCGGCAGGAACGGCUGAAAAGAGCACCGCUGGAAAGUUACCUACGCCUGGCCAGGUGUACCACUGGGAUUAGAAGAACCAAAACCAACAGCUGCAAACUGCUAAAAAUUUUUUUUUGUUUUUGGCGAAUGCCGUUAAGAACUCAGCUUAAUGUUAAAUAGAUACAAUGUAAAAAAAA